AUGAAAUUAUUAUUUAAAUUUUCUAUUCCUACCUUACAAUUUCAAUUUUCUCCUUCUCCCCCUAAGAAAAAUUCUGUUGAAACUCUUUAUCCAAGUCUAUCUCGAGCUGCUACUGCAAGAGGUGCCGCUGCUCGUCAUAGUAUAAUGUCUACUGAGUCGAAUAAUGAAGUAAGCUCUUGGUCCUCACUUGACGAUCCAGCACCUGUUGACAUUAAAGAAAUUAUACCUUUGACCGCUCUUUGCCCUGAACAAGAAAUUCACAGGGCUGCCUUUAAAAUUCUACAACAAUGUAUUGACUUUAUAAAGAAUUUACCUAAAGAUGAUUGUUAUGUAUUUGAAAGUAAGGUUGUUCCUCCAAGUACUAUUGGAAAACACGUUAGACACAUGUAUGAUCAUUUUCGUUUGUUACUUGAAUCAAAGCCUUUAGUAUCAAAAAGAGCUUCUGUCGAAGAUAUAGAAUAUAAUGAUUAUGAUUCAGUAGAAACGAUUAAUGAAUCGCAUAAUUGGAAUGUUGAUUACGAUCGUAGAGAACAUGAUGUUCCAAUAGAAUUAUCACGUACAACUGCUAUAAAACAACUUAUGAAAUUACAAUCAACUCUUCUUAGUGAUUGUACGUCCGUACCAUUAAAUACUGUUAUAGAUGUAAGCGCUAUAGUUGACGUUGAGAUGUUAGAUGGUUCUCUAACUUUACAAUCUACAUAUGGUAGAGAAUUAUGGUUUUGCUGUCAUCAUGCAUUUCAUCAUUAUGCUCUUAUCAAAGCCAUAUGUAUAGAGCAAAAUAUUCCAUGUCCACAAGAUUUUGGUCUUGCACCUUCCACAAUCAAAAAUGCUGGGUUACCUGGAAAUUUUGUAGAGAAAUAA